AUUAAAUUCAUCUUCACCAUAACCUGGGUUCUCUGCGUCAUCUCCUCACCACUUCAACCCCACCUUAUGACAGAAGGACCCGACCAGCACCGGUGAGGAACGCCAACAUGGACCCAGCAACCACUGCCACAGCUCUACCCGUUUACCCAUUCCUCAAAUCAAAAGACAUCUAUAACAUCGAGUUCGAGGAGGACUUCAGUUACCUGUCUAGCAUGUUUCACGCUGAUCCGUUCAUGCUGGAUUUAAUUCAAGAAAUGCACGAAGAAUUCCUCAUAAAGAAAGUAUUCACCACACCUGUCAGAGCUCCGUCACCCCCGCCGUUCAUGCCACCUCCGUCAGUCCAGGCAUCCACUCCAGCCACCACUAUCUGCCCGUCACCUCAACCAGUUCCUGCCUCCUCUCCAACCGCCGCCAUCAGCCCGUCUCCUGUCGCCACAGUUCCCCUGGUAGUGGGGUUCCAAGCAGCCAGGCUGGCGCCCGGGCGGCAGGCAGCACGAUUAGUGGCGUGGGCCGCUCCAAAGUCUCCCGAGUCUGCUGCCGGAGCGCAGCCGCCCGAGCUCCCCGAGUCUGCUGCCGGAGCGCAGCCGCCCGAGCUCCCCGAGUCUGCUGCUAGAGCGCAGCCUUCCCCCGAGCCAGAGCUCCCCGAGCCUGCUGCCGGAGCGCAGCCUUCCCCCGAGCCAUAGCUCCCCGAGCCUGUUGCCGGAGCGCAGCCUUCCCCCGAGCCAGAGCUCCCCGAGCCUGCUGCCGGAGCGCAGCCUUCCCCCGAGCCAUAGCUC